AUGGCAAAACAAGAUAGUUUAUAUUUCGCCAGUUCCUUAGUGUUAUAUUUGGUGUUUCAAAGUCCCUCCAUGAACGCCAUUCAAACGGAUACAGACAUAGAGACCAACAGAUGUCUAAAUCUCACAAACACAGGUACUUUAGCUAUUACAGAUCUACCAAUGAACCUGUCCAAUACUUCAAGAUGGUUGCCAGAACAGUGCCUCCAUAUGUGCACCGCUUCUAAGUUGACCGAUUGCAGAUCUAAUGGAGAAAACAUUCUUAUUCAGCUGAACAUAACUGCAGCCACUAAAAGCAUUAUUUUUCCUAUUAGUCAGUACAAAUCACCCGUGAAAUGUUCUAAUUGUCAUAAUGUUCAGAGCAUUGUUAUCAACUGCAAUAUUGACAGCGUGUUCGAUAUAAAAGAAUGCAGUAGAAUUUCAAGUACAGCCUCCACACGGCCAGGAACUAUAACCGACAGUUUAACCUAUCCAGCAGAAACUACUACUACUUCAGCUACAGCUGCAUCCCAAGAAUCUUUACCUACUUGCAAACCAUGUCCGUUGACGUCAACUGUGAGUUCAAUCACGGCAGAAGGUCCAUCCACAUUAAAAGACACCUCAACAACAUCCACAUCAACAGAAGAAAGAAAUUGUCAAAACAACAAAACAAUGCAGACGAAUUCGUCUCCGCUGGAAAAACAAAAGGAAAUAUCAGUAAAAUACAUAGCAGCAUCGGGGAUAGGAGGAAUAAUCAUCGGAGCAGUUCUUGCUUUACUCUUCGUAUUUCUUCUCCAGAAACGAAAACUACAUUUGCGUUCGCAACUGGCGGAAGAACACUCUUUGGAAAAUCCUGCUUACAAUAAGAACCACAGAUUUUCUGAUCAAUUCUAUAACACAAACGCGUCCCAAAGUGAAGAAUACACAGAAAUCCAACCUAACUUGUAUUCUAGGAAAAGUGUCAACAACAAUUCUACCAAAGCAACACAACAUAUGAAAUCAAAAUACACGGACAGUGAUUACGAUCAUCUAAAUGAUGCUUUUGACACGGACACAAAUGCUCAAAGCAUGUAUGAUCAUGCUCAAUAUAUUUCCAAAACACACUCAGAGCAGCAAGUGAACAAAGACAAUGGAGAUUAUAUGCAGACGAGUCCAAUGAACGAAGACCGUUCGUAUGUAGAAGUAACAGGAGAGGGAUCUGAUGGAUUUGUGCUUGACAAUCAAAAACAAAUGGGAAAUGUAACAAAUGUACACUGUUUUGUUUUGAAAAAAGAAACACAUUAAAACUAUUUGAUUUAU